AUGCUACCACCCAACAUCAUUUUGAAAACUCCGCUCAUAGAGAUCCCAAGUGGAGAACUCAGGAAAACUAAGGAGAUUCCUAAUUACGCCGGUGGCUUUGGUGACAUCUGGGAAUGCAUCUGGUCCACCCCUUCUAGUAAUUCCCCUGUCAUAGUCGCAAUCAAGGUAGUGAGGGUCACUGACACCAGUCAAACGGUACCGUUGGAAAAGGCCGCAUGGAAUAUGCGACGUGAGGCCCAUGUCUGGGCCAACUUAAAAGACGACCAUGUCCUCUCGCUUCAUGGAAUUACGAAUGAUUUUGGAGUCUUGCCAGCUUUUGUUUCGUCGUGGAUGACAAAAGGGUCUCUCGAAAGUUACCUGAAAGAACCAAUCUCGCUUUCGACAUCCCAGAAGCUGGAUAUGUCACAUCAGAUAGCAUCUGGUCUCAAGUAUCUGCAUGAAUGUGGCAUUGUUCAUGGCGAUUUGACACCGGCCAACGUACUCAUCAAUAGCGACGACAAACUUUGCCUCGCAGACUUCGGUCUCUCGAUGAUCCUCGUAGAAUCUGGAAAUCCCACAUUCAACUCCUGCCACGCGGGUAACGUGCGUUGGAUGGCCCCCGAAAUGGUUGAGGAGCAGGCAAAGCCAACAAUGCCCGCAGACAUAUAUUCUUACGGUUGCAUCAUGCUUCAGCUACUUUGUGGUGAACAACCGUAUAUCUGGAAAAUACAGGCGAUUCACGUGAUGGCGGCCAUAGUGAGAGGAGGAAAGCCGUUCAAAUUUGACCAGCUCACCGGUAUUGAUCAAGGCCAGAAGCAGUAUUGGCUGGAAUGUCUGUCCACCGAUUCCGGUGCUCGACCUAAAGUUCAGGAAAUCAUAGCGUUCAUAGAAGCCGAGCGGCAGAAACUUUGA